GAGUUAACCGGAACUUAAUAAUUCCAGACGAAAUGGUUAUAGAUGGGAAUCUCAAAGUUAACGAUAUUACUGGACACAAGCACAUUGUUUUUAAGAGAAGCAUUGCAGCCGGUACUCACGAGGAAACGCAGUUCAUUGAUCUCGACUAUUGGUAGUAUGGGAAUGUGGUUAGGCACUGAUUGUUAGUUGUCGUUUGAAGGAUUACCGGGUAGUACAAAAGGAGACACAUUUAUGAGAUAUGGAAACAUAUUGUUUUUACCAUUGAUGAGACUAUGUGCGUCAAGCAUUCAGUGAUACACCAAAGAACUAAUAGUGUAUAAAGUGUUGUAUAGCCUUGGAUGCCAGUUCUAGUCAUUCUUUUGUUGCCUUUGUUCGACAAAGAUUUAUUUUGGUUUUACUAUGAUGACUCUAUGUAAGUCGCUGGAAUCCCUGGCGUCAUCUCGUCAAAGUCUCGCGACGUCCGUGGAGAACCAGGAAUCUCCUUACCUUAUUCGAAAAGUCAGUGGGGACCGUAGGUUGGUCCGUCCAGGAGCACCAUCGGAACCCAAUGAGUACAACUUCAAUUAUCACAAACGUGGCCUCUUUAUCAUCAUCAACAACAAAAACUUUCACCCGUCCACUGGUAAAGAAUCACGUGAUGGAACUGACGCAGACGCAGAGAGGUUAGAAGAGAGGUUCCAGGAUCUCGGGUUCGAUGUCCGUCGUUAUAAUGACGUCUCCUCGUCCAAACUACUCCAGCUCAUGAACGAUGCUGCUCAGCUCGAUCAUUCGGAUUCCGACUGCUUUGGUUGUGCUAUUCUUAGCUACGGAAUAGAGGGACGAGUCUACGCCACUGACGGAAUGCUGCCUUUGGAUGUUCUAAUCGUUCCUUUUAAAGGAGAUAAAUGCCCCAUGCUGGUUGGAAAACCUAAACUUUUCUUUUUACAAUCCUGUCGAUGUUCAAAUCUAGAACAAUCGGUAGAGGACACCGUGUCAUAUAAAAGCUUUCUCUCCGAGGACUCUGAGCGGAGUUUUUCCGGAAUGAGACGAAUCCCGGUGGAAGCUGAUUUCCUUUUCUUUUACUCAACAGUGCCAGGUUUCUACUCUUGGAGAAAUCAUCAGGAAGGGUCCUGGUUCAUUCAAGCUUUGUGUAUAGUCCUAGAGAACUAUGGCUCCAAAAUGGAACUUCUACACAUGCUCACUCAAGUGAAUCGUAUGGUGACCUACGAGUUUGAAUCGUGUUCGGAUGUGGAGUUCACUGAUGACGUCAAACAGAUGCCUUGUAUUGUGUCCAUGCUCACUAGAUAUGUUUACUUCCGGCCAAAGAAACCGGAUAUCCGGGACUAAUAAUUUUAUGUUAUAGGGAUAUGAACAAUUAAAAAAAAAUGGGUGUAACCAAGUAAAAAUGGUGUAAGUACAUGUACACAGACUGGCACAUGCAGAAAGAUAUUUUUCAACUCUGGUAAAAGAAACCCCUAAAAGAAAUGAAAGCCAAUAUCGUAUCAUACCAUAUGGAGAACAUCUGACAUAAAGAAUUCAUUAAGCUGCGUUUGACAGAUACCCAUGAAGUUCUAAGCUAUAAAUAUGGAAGUUUUCAUUGAUUUAUUUUCGAUUAAUACCAUUACUGUGGUGAUUUUGACGAAUUAUACUAUGUGAUAUCGCUAUAAUGAGUUCUUGAAUCCUUAUAUGGGAAAGCGUCUUAUCAUGCUUCCUCUGACGUUUAUAGGGGACAAAGAUGGCUGCUGUUUUACAUUAAAGCCCUAAAUACCAAAAUCUGAUUAAUUCUUGUUUGCCAGUGGGCUUAAAGACACACCAUUUAACUACUCUCCCUUCCUUCAAGAGAAACUGAAGUGCCUUCUCGGAGUGGGGUGGGGAAUUGAUACCAGUCUAAGAAAUUGAACAAAUUACAAAUGUAACACUACAUUAUCGUAAUUUGCUUUUUAGAAUAAAUACAUGUAAUAUUAAAGAG